CCAAAGAAUCUUUCCCUCUCAUUAUAAACCUUCUUUUCUACACGACCUUUACCCCUUCCAUACCUCACUCUCUCUCUUUGAAACUCUGCACUACAUUGACUUCAAGUCCCAAUAAUUCUAAACCUUCAUUUCCCGGCCAUUCUCCCCGAUCUCCGGUGAAGAUGGCACAGAUUUUAGCACCUUCAUUGCAAUGUCAGAUGAAGAUAACAAAUACAACAACAAAUGCUGCAAACCCAAUUACAACAAAGAUGUGGGGUUCUCUAAUGUUUAACCAGAAAAGAAGUGGACUGACUAAAAACGCUUCUAAAUUCAAAGUUAUGGUUGUUAAAUCGGAAAACGGUACCAUCAACAGAAUGGAAGAUCUAUUAAAUUUGGAUACUACUCCCUUCACUGAUAAGAUCAUCGCCGAAUACAUCUGGAUUGGUGGAACAGGAAUUGAUAUGCGUAGCAAAUCAAGGACUAUCUCAAAGCCUGUUAAAUCUCCUGCUGACCUUCCCAAGUGGAAUUAUGACGGUUCAAGUACUGGACAAGCACCAGGAGAGGAUAGUGAAGUGAUUCUAUACCCUCAAGCAAUUUUUAAGGAUCCUUUCAGGGGUGGUAACAAUAUCUUGGUUAUAUGCGAUGCAUACACACCACAAGGGGAGCCAAUUCCAACAAACAAACGUUACAAAGCUGCUCAGAUCUUCAGUAAUCAGAAGGUCAUUGACGAAAUCCCAUGGUACGGUAUUGAGCAGGAAUACACCCUGCUCCAAUCAAAUGUGAAGUGGCCUCUUGGUUGGCCAGUUGGAGGAUUCCCCGGUCCUCAGGGUCCUUACUACUGUGCAGCUGGAGCCGACAAGUCCUUCGGAAGGGACAUUUCGGAUGCUCACUACAAAGCUUGCUUAUAUGCUGGUAUUAACAUCAGUGGCACUAAUGGAGAAGUCAUGCCUGGCCAGUGGGAGUAUCAAGUCGGUCCAAGUGUGGGCAUUGAAGCUGGAGACCAUGUUUGGUGUUCUAGAUACAUUCUUGAGAGAAUUACUGAACAAGCUGGUGUUGUUCUGUCUCUUGAUCCUAAACCAAUUGAGGGUGACUGGAAUGGUGCAGGAUGCCAUACUAAUUACAGUACAAAGAGCAUGAGAGAGGAAGGAGGAUUUGACGUGAUAAAGAAGGCAAUUCUGAAUCUGUCUCUUCGCCAUAAAGAGCAUAUUAGUGCCUACGGAGAAGGAAAUGAACGAAGGUUGACCGGAAAGCAUGAGACAGCCGACAUUAACACCUUUUCAUGGGGAGUCGCUAAUCGUGGUUGUUCAAUCCGUGUUGGACGUGACACCGAGAAAGAAGGAAAAGGUUACUUAGAGGAUCGCCGCCCAUCUUCAAACAUGGAUCCAUAUGUCGUGACAGGGCUGCUAGCAGAAAGUACUUUAUUGUGGGAACCGACGCUCGAGGCUGAAGCUCUUGCUGCCCAGAAGAUCAAAAUGAAGGUUUAAAAACUUGUUAAAAAUAUCGGUGCAAGGGACCUUGUGAUAUGGAGUAAAUGCUUGAUCAGAUGUAGCAUCUAGUCCUUUCUGUGUUUUCGUCCUUGUUUUGGAGAAACAAUCCUUGUAAAUGGUGUUCCCGGCAGUAUUUGAUGUCCAAGCAUUUGGAAAAGAAAACUCCUAUGAGGCAAGACACUUUAAUCAUUCUAUGGCCUUUUGAACAUUUUUUUCUUUCAUUCAUGGAUUUGUACAUUGUUACUGCACCACCAUUAGUUUUAUGGAAACUUGACCUACUACUCCACAGUUCUGUGGAGAUGCUUGUAGGUUCAAAAUUUCACCA